UGUGCUCAAGGUAAUAAAAGAGCGAAGCUAAAAAUGAUUCCCGAAUCAGCUGAUUGAUCCGAGAAAUAGUAUUGGAACCCAGCUGGUGUUUGGCUUCGAAAGAUCCUUAAAUCCGGGUUACAAUUUUGUGACUGGGAAUCGGAUACGAAUUGUUAUUAUUAGCUUUAUCUUCAUGGUACCAACUAUCUGGUGGCUUAAUUGUGUAUUAUAGAACUAUGCAUACGCAGUUUUGGUUGUUCUUCAAGAUAACGAAUGGAAUCUAAAUAAGGUGGUGUAAGUGGCGCCGUAACACAAGGCGUCUGUAACGGGGGUGUCCUGACGCAGCAGCAGCCUUGUUUACCUGCGACGUAGUUCAACAAAGGGAAUCUUACGCCAUGGAGAGUAAAAAAUAACCAAAAUGUUACGUUUGGGACUAGAGACUAUAUCUAAAAUGCCCUGGUACUUCCCUUGGUCGGAUGCCAUCAAGAAAAGGGCUAUAAGAUAUCUGUUACAAAGAUACGUAGGCCAGUUCCUGGAAGAAAAGCUGUCUCUCGAUCAGCUGACAGUGGAUUUGUACAAUGGAACGGGGGCCAUAAAGGAGUUGACUCUGGACGUGGCUGCCCUGAAUGAAGUCGCUGAUCAAUUAAAUCUUCCCGUGAAGUUUGUGGACGGUUAUAUUGGUGAAAUAUGCGUGUCUGUUCCAUGGCAUGCCCUCCUGUCGGAAAGUUGCUUUGUGGAAGUGUCUGGGCUUAUGGUGACCAUCGAGCCCAAACAAAGGUCGGAGGAUGUAUCUAUGGUAGAUUCCAUGAUCGAGUCUAUGAGCAUGACAACAUCCAUGCAAAUUGCUCAGGAGUGCCUUAAUCAUCAUGAAGAAGAGAGUGAAAUAGAGGACCCAGUAGGAAAAGAUUCUAGUCAGAUGAUUGAGGGCAUUGAACAUUUUGCACAGGCAAUAGAUACUGUACUUAACCGAAUUAAGGUCCGCUUCCUUGACAUAAUCAUCAGACUAGAACAUACACCAAAAGGUAGUCAGUCAGGAGUAUCCUUAGAAGUUCGGAUCAAGAAAGUGGACUAUUUUGAUGAGGCAGGGCUUGGUAAAGGCACUCCUACUUCAGAAUCAUCUAGAGCAGGAUAUGAGCAGCCUGCAUUUGCAUCAAAGAAAUUUCAUAUUGAAGGACUUACCAUGUACACUGAUGAAUUUCCAGCUAAGAGUAAAACAAUGACAAAGUCAGGAAUUGUAGUACCAUCAGAUUCAAAUUCAUCACCAGAAUCUGGUGGUUCCAAGGUGUCAGGAGACUCUUAUAAGACAGCUGACACAUCUCCAACAGAAGGUAAGGAAUUUGAGUACAAUCAUGAGAAUCAUGAGAAAACUGUAAAGAAGCUCAUUACCAAUGCAAGCAUUCCAAUGGAGCCUAUUCUCUUUGCUAAACUAACUGGCUCCCAGGAAAUUAGCUUAAAACUUAAACAGGCAGAUGUAAUGGGCCCAAAAGUAGAUCUACGAAUGAACUGUGGAUCUUUUAUAAUGUUCCUCUCGCCUAGGCAAAUUCACUUACUAAUGGAGUUAUCAGAAGGCAUAGCAUCUCCAGAUAAGCUUGACCUUGAUACACAAACUCCAGGUAUGUUACAUACCAAGCAGAAACCAAUGGAUCCACAUGAUUUCCGUAAAGUAGAGAGUGAGCUUCGGAAAGAACUUCGUUCAAAUACUGUUGCAAGUCAGGCUCUUAAUCUUCAUCAGGGUUGGUCUGUGACACCAUUAGAAGACAGUGAUGAUGAAUUUGUACCCAUGAGUAGUGGUCCAGGAAUUAUGAGAAAUAUGUCUAGUAGUCAGCUCUCAGGCUGCUCUGAUAUGGAAAGUUCUUUUGGCUCAAAUAUGUCAGGCAGCACUGUGAAGUCUGCAACUGUUGGAGCCUCAACAACACCCACCUUCCGCUACACAGGCGUGGGUGUCAUGAUGGGUGAUCAUGCAAUAGGGGGGUCUACUAAAAAGAAAAGUGAACAUGGUAGUAAACUCAUGGAUGAUCCCUCUGCGGUAGUGACUCAUUUCCGAGUCCAGGUUAGUAGCUUGGCAGCUGUUGUGCUUCAUGAGGAUAUCUUGACACCAUCACUAGACAACUCAAACAUGGUAUCUAAAGCCUCAGUUGCAGAAAUGCAGGCAAAGUCAGAAGACUUUUUUUCUGUACUUGGUGUGCAUGGAUUAUCAGGUUAUAGCUAUGGUGCAUUCCAUGAGGCCAAGCAAAAAUUUGCUGAUGCUUGUCAAAUUAAUCAUUUAAGAUUUAUGGCAGCUCCUUUAACAAUUGAAGGUAGUGAGAAGAGCCUUGCAAAUAGAUGGGAAAUGAGUGUGAAUAUGUCACUUGGUUGUGCUGAAAUUCUUGAGUGCCUUGUGGAUUCAUCAGUAUCUCCUGCAAAGAUAGAAUAUUCUGAACUGCUUACUUUCAAGGAAACUUUAAAAGAACCAACCACUGAGGCUAUUUAUGGAGGCACUGUGGAACCAAAGCUUAGAGUGCAGAUCUCACAGUCCCAAAAUAUGACUGCCAUGGGAAGAACUAGGAGGAUGAGCACACCUAAGUUAGAUAUCAAAGUUAAUUUGGGUGAUUGUGUAUCAGAGAUUGAUAUGUCUAUAGUAGAUCGCAUAUCUGCUCUAAUCAAUAGACAACAGGUUUGCACAAAGGCAACAGAAGAAGUGUUCUCCCCAGAACUACCCCCAAGUUAUAUAAAUAAUCAAGCUUGUUUCAAACAGACUUUGGAUGAUGCAACUCUUCACCCAGAGACACGUGUCCAUGUCAAAGUAUCUUCAUCAUCUCUAACAGUAAAGCUUAGAUUUCCAAUACCUGAUUUACGGCCCACUUCCAAUAUGGAUAGGGUUCCUUGGUGGAAAAGAAAUGUCAGAAAAGAUAUACUGUCUUUAGUAUUGCAGGACUUUGAAUUUGUUACUACCAUAGAUCCACACAUGCCCUAUAGUUCCUAUGAAGUACGUAGUGGUGACAUCCAUGUGCUUUUCCAAGAAAGAGAAGAAGAUACACCAAUAUCCUUGGUGAGGGCAAGCUCAAGCAGAGGUUCAGAAAGAGGAUUUGAUCUCCCACGAGUUGUCAUAAUGGCGCAUCCAAUGCAGCCAUGGACAUCACUGGAAGAAGAAGCCCCAAGACAAGAGAAUAUCAUGGCAAAAUCUAUGAUGGGAUUUUUAGAGGAAGUUAGUGAGACAGAACCCAGUCCUUUCAGUCGAAGGAAAGUUGCCUCCCAGCAGCCUGGUGAUGGCCAAGCAGAAGAGCUUACCAUCCCUGCAGAAAAGGAGGAAGUUUUAGAAUUUAUGGAGAAUACUUUAAAGAAUGUGCAGCUGCACAUAGAUAUUCAUUUGCCAGAUGUCCAAUUAAUUUUGCCUUCUAAGCAUAUCUAUGAAGUUGUGUAUAACAGAUUAGUGACUGACUUAUUGCUUUGGGAGCCAUCUGCUCCUAAGCCAGUAAGCCACACCACCCGUAAUAUAGGUGCUGCUCAAGGAGGUUUAGAUUUGGCCUCAGUGUUUAUGAAUGAGAGUAUAUAUCAAAGUACAACUCAGUUUACCAUGUGCACUUCGUCCAAUAAUGAUGGUAGUGAUAGUGAAGAGGAAGGGGAAUCCCAGUUUUAUUCAGUGUAUGAACACAAAGCAAGACAGCGACUGAAACAACAACAACAGCAGGAACAAAAUAAAAACAAGAAGCAAACUCUUGUUGCAUUUAAACUCACAAUGGGCCAUGCAGUUGCUAGUCUGAGAACUCCAUAUAGAGAUGCAAAGAACUGUGUGCUUCCAGGGCAGCAUGGGGAAGUAAUGCUUAUUCUAGACCAAGGGACAAUAUUUGCAGCUGUAGGUUACCAAGGAAACCCAGACCUUGGUUACACUUGUAUUUGGUCAGAAAAAGCUUACAUAUAUCACAAGGCUGCAAACAUCACUCCGGAUCGACCAGUUUUCCUUGAUCCAGAAAAUCCCCUCUCCACCUCCCGCCUGGAUGCCAUAGUAUACCCAAAUGAUCCAGGUGUUAUAACUAAACUAGGGGCUGGAGUGAUAAAGAAUGAGGAUUACCAAGACCAAGUCAGUAUAGCUUUGCAAAUGGAUUUUGACUUGACUCGAAACUUGAAAACCAUUAUCUUUUCUGGAUGCGUUCGUGGGACCACUCUCCGCCACUACAUGUGCACCAGCCCUGAGAGUUGGGUUACCCAGAUGAUGGAUAUGUUUGAUGUCCAAGAUUAUCCUGUUGCUGGCUAUGUGCUUCCUGAUGUUGUCACUGAGAUGAAUUUCCAUUUGUGGGGUUGUGCUCUGGAUUAUCGUCCUCUUCACUUGCCUUUGCGAACAGUUUUGACAGUUGAUGCUUGCUCAAUAUCAAGCAAUUUAACUAUAUCCAGUGACACAAAUGUUCUUCAUUUCAUCAUUGAAGAUGCUGCCCUUUUCCUCUCUGACAAACUUUCUUUAAGAAGCAUUGACCUAAGAAAGGACUAUAUUUGCGUAGCGGAUUUAGGAGUCUUUGAACUCUGUUUACGGAUGGUAGAAGACUUAAAGGAAAAGAAACCCAAAAUUGACUUGGUUGCUUCCAAUAAUGUAAUUCAUAUACGCACAUGUGCAGAUUCUUGCAAGUCCUUGUUAGAGCUUCUGAUUUACUUAGCUAGUGAUGGAGACUUGACACAAGAGGCUUCGGUAACAACAGAUACAACAGUUAUUCCCCCAGUUACAAGCCCAGUAAGUGUGGCAUCGUCACCAUCAAGUGAAUGUGCCACAAUGAGACCAUCAGAGAUGCAAGAGACCAUUUUCAACCCACGACACAAGGAAAAUGAUUCUCACCAACUUGAAAUGGUGCGAGGGAUGAUGGAUGAUGCAAUGAUUGAGUCAACUCCUUCUACAUCAUCAUGUGAGGAUGAUGAAAAUGAUCCUAAUCUUUACUUAAAGAAGGGUGUAGAGAUGUUCUUCUUCCCAGAUGACAAUCUAAAACGGCUUGCAGCUGCUUCACAAGCCUCUCAGAAGGAUACACACAAGACCGAGGAGGUGAUGCCAGUUGAAGGGGAACUCACAGACACAGAGUCUGCACUUAAAGAAGCUCUCAAAGAACCAUCUGAUAAUCCAUUUGAAGAAUACAGUUCUGGAACAGAUGAGGAAUUCUGCAUUCUUGAUGAUGCACCUGGCACAGGCAUCAAGUCUCCAUCUGGAGAGCCACAAGUGAGGCUCUUGACUCAAGAUCCCAUUAUUAUUAUGGAUAACCACUUUACUAUCCCUCUGGGCAAAGUUGAUCAGCUAAAGGCUCCAAAACAUUUCCCUUCUGCUAUAAUGAAGUAUACUCUUAAGGAAUUGAGUGUUGUGUGGCACAUUUAUGGUGGUUCAGAUUUCAAGGCUGUUUCUCAUGAUGCCACAGCCAAAACAAGAAGAGUUACAAUUAAUGACUCAAAUGGCAAUCCAGAAAGUGGUACUGGGGCAUAUUCAUCAAAUGUUCCAUCACCAAAGUUAAGCUAUGUCUCAGUAGAGCCCUCAGUGACAAUGCGGGCUGGAGAAGUGCAAUUUUCAUCAGGUCAUACCUCACCAAAUAUGUUCAAGAAAUCUCCACCUCAAAGUCCACAACAGCGAAGUCAUAUGGUAUGGCAGGCUGCAGGAGGGCCUGGCAGAAAACAUGACACACUUCUAGAAUUACAACUCAGCAAGGUUCGGUUCCAACAUGAGAUCUAUCCCGAGAGUGCACAGCAGGCAACAAGAAAUGUGCUUCUGAUCCAUGAUGUGGAAAUCAGGGAUCGUCUUGUGUCCUCCAAAAUCAAUAAGUUCCUUUAUCAGUUUUCUUCUGAAACAUGUCCACGACAAGCUCAUGCAAAUAUGGUACAGGUGAAAGCUCUCACUACCAGACCUGAUGGUCAGCAUGGUCCUCAAGAAACCAGUCUCAAGAUAUCACUACAGCCUAUAAGACUACAUAUAGAUCAAGAUGCUCUACUUUUCCUGUUCCAAUUCUUUGAAGAACUUCUAGCCUCAGAUAUGGAUGGAGAAAUUGGAGAAGAAGAGAGACCACAGUCCACAACUCAAGUCCAGGCACCAAUUAUGACUGUAAACCUUAACCAAGCUGCUCAACUUAAUUUGGCUGAAGAUCAGCAACUCCUUGUGAAUUUAGAAGAAAAGUCUCCAGUGUCAGAAGCUGAAGAAGAGUACAGUAGAAUGGAAGAGAAUGCUCCUCCAUAUUUCAAAUCAUUUAUUUUCUCACCAGAUGUGCCAAUCAAAAUAGACUACCAUGGAAAACAUGUUGAUAUUAAUUCACAGUAUGGCCCAGUUGCAGGACUCCUCAUAGGACUUGGGCAACUUAACCAGUCAGAGAUUACAUUAAAGAGCAUUGUUCAUAAAUCUGGUCUUUUAGGUAUGGACAAAUUGAUACAUUACAUCAGCAGUGAAUGGAUGAAUGAUAUAAGACGUAACCAGCUGCCAUCAGUCCUGGGAGGUGUUGGCCCCAUGCACUCUGUGAGCAAGUUGGUAGGAGGUGUCAGGGAUUUGUUCCUAUUGCCAAUUGAACAAUAUCAGAAAGAUGGACGGGUGAUGCGUGGGCUCCAAAGAGGAACCUCUGCAUUCACAACUUCAUCGGCUCAUGCUGCUCUUGAUUUAACCGGAAGGUUUGUUGGAUGCAUUCAGUCAGCAGCAGAGACAAUGUAUGACAUGGUUUCAUCUGGACCAAGUGUGCGUCACAGAUACAGAAUCCGAGGUGGACAACCACAAGACAUUCGUGAAGGGGUCACGACAGCUUAUAGCUUGGUUCGUGAGGGCAUUGGCGAUACCGCCACAGCAAUAGUACAAGCAGCUUCACAGGAACAUCAACACAAGGGUGUGUCUGGUGCAAUUGGAGGAGUUUUGAGGCAGAUCCCUCCCUCCAUGGUGCAGCCUAUCAUCCUAGCAUCUGAGGCAGCUGGCACAGUAUUGGGUGGGAUGAAGAAUCAACUUGUACCUGAUGCUCGCAAAGAAGCUGCUGAUAAGUGGAAAGCAUAAGGAACAGUGA